AUGGCGAAAACCGACGAUGCUAGGGAUGAAAUAAGGUCAUUUCGGAAACUACUGAGUGAACCGUUGCAUGAAGCAUUCACUCGAUUUAAGGAAUUGAUGCGGAGAUGCCCACAUCACCAAAUAGAAAAGUGGGAAUUGGUGAAGUGUUUUGUACGUGUGUUGGAUGACACAACAUGGAAUCGUCUCGAAUCGACGAGCAAUGGGACUCUUUUGAGCAACCAUGAAAACGAUGAUUGGGAGUUUUUGGAGCGGAUGAGUAAACGGUCAAAAGAGAAAGAAUCGGCCGAUAGAGCUAAAAAACAUCCCAUUUCCCGGUCACUUCCCGAGCUCGACUCUAAAGAUCGAAUUUCUACUUUAGAGCGGGAAAUGGCUCGAAUGAAGAAGAAGGAAGUGAACGCGGUACAAUUUGAGGUGUGUGAAGAGUGUGGUGAUAUUGGACAUAGAGCGGAGCAAUGUCCAACGGGGUCGAGUGACUACACCGAGGAAGUCAACCAAGUGAAUUACAACCAAGGUGGUAACCAAGGAUAUCAAAACCGUGAAGGCAACUAUCAGCGGGGUUACAACCAAGGUGGUAAUGGGGGUGGUGCAUCUAACUCCCAAGGGGAUAAUUCGAUUGAUUCAAAACUAGAUGUUAUCAUGAACACUAUGAGCACUCUCACCAACUCGCAUCAAGAACUUAAAACUGAAAUGCGGAAUUCAAACCAAGAAAUUAAAAUUGAAAUGCGGAAAGAGUUUGAGGUGAGGGAUAAAUCCCACAAGGCGCUGGAGAAGCAAGUGGGGCAACUUGCACAAGAGAUGGCUCAGAUUCAUGGAAGCGGAGGAGGACUUCCAAGUGACACGACAGUGAACCCGAAGCAUCAAGGUUCUAGCACAAGCAACGUGAGGAAUGCACGCGUUAGCACGGUAAGUAUUCUUUCAAAUGAUGAAGUUUGUAGUGUUGAAAGCAUUCCACCACCACAAUUCGUUGAUGGUGUAGUGGAAGAUAUAAGUGAUGAGCCAGAAAAUGAAUAUAAACAAGAAACGAUUUCACAAAGUACAAUUGAAAAUGUAACUAAAAAUGCUUUUUGUGAAAAUUGUUUAAAUCAACUUAACCCGCUUAAUACGUCGAAAAGUGAAGAACGGUGCCCACUUAAGGACGAGGGGUGGGAAAAUUUUAAACAAGCUAAAAUUAAUUUGCCGUUACUUGAUGACAUUAAAAAGGUUCCGGCUCAUGUGGAAUGCUUGAAAGAGUUGAGCAUUGAAAAAUGGCAUAAUAAAUUACCCGAACCAAUUGAUUUGGUAUCACAUGUUAGUGCCGUUUUAUCAAGUGCACUUCCCCAAAAAGUUCAAGAUCCGGGAGACCCUCUUAUCCCAAUUCAAAUUGGAACAUUUAAAAUUGAGAGGGCGCUCCUAGAUCUUGGAGCUUGUCUCAUGCCCUGGAGUUUGUAUGACCAAUAUGAUUUUGGUCCAUUGAAAAAGUUUGAUACUCCCGUAGUAUUGGCCGAUCAGACUCCCACGCAUCCACGGGGGAUGGUGGAGGAUGUGAUUGUUAAGGUGGAUGAUUGCUACUACCCAGUUAACUUUUUGGUAGUAGACUAUGUUGGGUGUGUUGAGGACACCCAACCGAUAGUCAUACUGGGUAGACCGUUCCUUGCAACAGCUAAUGCCAUAAUAAAUUGUGCAACGGGAACGGUAAGUAUGAAGUUUGGGGACCGGGAAUUAAAUUUAAAUGUUUUUCCAAAUUUCACUAACCCGCUCAGUGAGGAUAAGUGUCCUAAAAAGGACAUGAAUCCAAACAAAAAGGUAUAUGCUAUGGUUGGUAGGUUUGGAAAAACAAAGAAGAAGACGGUCAAGAAAAAGAAGGCAAAGAAGUCACUUCUAGAAAAGAAGAAGGAAGAGGAGGUGAGGAAGUUUGGACCGUUUGGCAACAAAUGGUAUAAAUCACCGGUGGGUGAUUUCGAGGAGUUCGUAGGCGGCAAGCACGCCAUUCGACCACCAUGA